UCUAUGGCCAUUACUUCAUUACUCGAUACCGUUUUCCGUAGAAGAAAGAGAAAGUCUACUGAUUUCAUAAGCAUUUUCGAAUUCGACUUCGACACCAUUAGGGCUGCAACUAAUGACUUCUCAGAUCUGAUUGGUCGUGACGGGUUUGGUUCUAUUUACAAGGGUAGUCUUCAAAGCGGAGAAGAAAUAGCAGUCAAGAGUUUGCGUAGAAGUUCAAGUGAGAGAGAUUUUCGUAAUGAAGUCGAGAUUUUGUCUAAGCUUAGGCACAAGAACCUGAUACAUCUUCUUGGUUUCUGCUCUAUGCUAGACCAACGUUACCUUGUUUACGAGUUCAUGCCUAACCUAAGCCUUGAUUGUUUUAUAUAUGAUCCACAUAGAGCUUCUCAGCUGAGCUGGAAGAUGUGUAGAAACAUUGUCCAAGGCAUAGCUCGAGGGCUACGUUACAUCCAUGAAGAAUCCGGUUUAUGGAUGGUUCACCGCGACAUUAAACCUAAAAAUAUUCUAUUGGAUUCAGAUAUGAAACCGAAAAUCGCGGGUUUUGAAUUGGCGAGGAUGAUGCAACAAGGUGAAAGUGAAGCGGAAACAACUGGAGUUGUCGGUACCGUAGGGUUUUUAGAUCCAGAAUACAUGCGAACCGGACGUGUUUCUGUAAAAUAUGAUGUUUAUGCCUUUGGAGUUACUAUCUUGACGAUCAUUAGCAGAAGAAAGGCUUAUCCCAUUGGCGAAGAACCUCUGGUUAUAUAUGUUAUGAGAUGCUGGAACAGAGGAGAAGCCAUCGAUGUGAUCCAUGAAGUGAUGAGAGAAGAAGAAAGCGAAGAUUCCAUAAGCGAAAUCUUGAGAUACAUUCACAUUUCUCUGCUCUGUGUCGAUGACAAUCCAGAGACGAGACCGAGUGUAGAUAAUGUUCUUCAUUGGUUUAGUUGUUCCUCUACUCCUUUGCCUGAACCACCAACAUUUGGUAAUCGAUUUCUUGCAGAGGAAGAAACUAAUUGGUUAUUGUCGCCAUCUCUAUCUCCCGGACAUAGCUCUCUUAUGUCACCCGUGUCUUCACGUUAGGGAGAUAAGGUAAAUGAGAUUAGCUAUGCUUGAAUGCUGUUUAUUGGAUUGAUGAGAGAUUGAUCUACUGAUUCUCUUAUAAAAAAUAUGUACAAGCUACAAAAAAAAAAAUGUACAAGCUACAUUUAUAUAGUAGAGAUUAAUCUUGAUUUUUGAUAAAUUUUUUACAG